AUGUCCGUUUCCGCCCAGGCCGCAGCUCGCUGCUGCAGACAGAUCGUCCGCCCUACCGCUUCUCUGCGCCUUGCUCCCACGACAUACCUGUCCCAGCGCACACUCAGCCGGAGAUGGCAAUCCACUGAGGCGGAGGCUGCUGCUGCUCCUGCCAACCCCAAGAUCACCCAGAUUGUCGACCAGAUCAGCCAAUUGACCCUGUUGGAGACAGCCGACCUCGUCUCCACCCUGAAGACCCGCCUGAACAUCCCCGACCUCCCCGUUGGCGGUUUCGCCAUGGGCGCUGCUCCCGCCGCUCCCGCCGCUGCUGAGGAAGAGGAGGCUGCUCCCGCCCAGCAGGAGAAGACCCUGUUCAACCUGAAGCUCGAGUCCGUUGACGCCUCCUCCAAGGCCAAGGUCAUCAAGGAGAUCAAGACCCUCCUCGGCCUGUCCCUGGUCGACAGCAAGAAGUUCGUCGAGUCCGUUCCCAAGGUCCUGAAGGAGUCUGUGCCCAAGGAGGAGGCCGAGAAGAUCGUGGAGACCCUCAAGGCCGUGGGCGCCAAGGCCACUAUGGACUAA